CACUCACACAUGCACACAUACGCAUGUACGCUGGCCUACACAUCCUCCACACACUGAAACCUGUUCUUGUGCUCAGUCGACUUCACCUCACACAAAGAAACUCAAGCUCGCUCAUACAGUAGCUCCAUCCCACCAGUAUUUUCUUGAAGCUGAAAAUCGUCCCUCGACAAACAAAAAGAGUGCAAUUCGAAAUGUGUCUCCUUUGAACAUGGAUCGUUGGAACAGAGGAGGUGGGAUCAAACAAAGAUCUGGUCACCAAAACGACUCAGACGAAGGAGACUAUCAUGAGCCAGAGGAACCUAUAAUGCGAUUUCCCAGACCACCACAGUCACAUUCAGAGUAUGCAGACAAAUGUCCUGUAAGAGAAAAGCCUUUUCUUGGCGGACACAAAGACUUCAAGAACAUUUUGGAUAUUCCUCCACGACUGCCGAAGAGGCCCCCAGGAAGCGCAGCGCCGAUUAUAAACCGAGAUCUAAAACCAGGGAGACAGAAGAAGGUCACAUCAGAGCGAAGAUCACAGACUUUAGGCUCCAAUGAAACGACUACAAAGAUCCCACCAAGGCCAGUGAAAUCACUUCCACGUGACUGUUUUGAUCACCAUGAUGAUGCUCCUCCAUCCAGAUCUCCACCCUGUGCUCCAGUGCGCACACUGAACAUACACACACGCACUGCAGCCGACAGUGGUGCGAGUCAACCAGAGAGCGAAAGUGUGAAUAACAACAGACUAACAGGUCUCCGAAGUGGCUCCAGUCACCGACAUUCGUUGGAUCUGGAGUCACAUGAACAGGACCGAAGCUACUUCACGGAAAGGACCGCUGUACAUGAUUCAUUCAGACAUAUGCAUCAUGAGUGGCCGCAGGUUAAAGCAGACACGGAGCAGGCCAGCUAUACAGGACACAGCAAACCAGUAGAGGCAACUGCUGAGAAGGAAUGGUAUGUAGGAGGCUUUAGUCGAGUGGAAGCAGAGCAUGCACUGCAUCUGGUGAACCGGGAGGGAGCUUUUCUAGUGCGCGAUUGCUCCAAGCACACUAAACAGGAGCCAUUCGUCUUGGCCAUAUUUUACAACAACAGAGUCUUUAACGUGCAGAUUCGUUUUUGUGAGGAGACCUGCAAGUACUCACUGGGAACCAGAAUCAAGACUGACGACGCGUUUGACUCGGUGGCUGAAAUCAUCAAAUUCCACUCCAUAUUUCCCAUCUUGCUUAUUGAUGGACGAAACCCCUCAGCCGCAGUCACUCAGAAGAGGCAGUGCGUCCUCAUGUAUCCCGUCACAGCAGAGGACAUGAGGCAACUGUUGAAUUAAACAACUUGACAGUAAACGACAAAAAAUGAAGCCAUACUGAGGAACUGCUGAAAAUAUGCUCCAUCUGUAUGAAAUGAAAUACAGUUUUAAAAAAACAAACACACACACACACACUGGAGUUGGAAAAAAAUGCACAUGCACACAUGAUAUAAAUUUUGUAGAUGUAGUGAGAGUGAAGCAAAGUGUGAAAAGAUUCCUGAGAACCAAGCAAAGUGCUUCUCAAACUGAAAUUGGGUUCAUCUCCUCCAGCAUCAGGAGAACUUUCUUGAAAAGCUCAUGAAGGAACUUCUUUCCCACCAAAAUGUAUUGGAUCUCUGGACACUUUUUGCACUAUACAUAACUUUUACUGAAAUACAUUGCAGUUACUUCCUGGAUUUUUCUUUUACAUGCAUGUUUUAGAAACCUCCUGAAAGUUGAAAAGUGUUCUUUUCACAACUGAAGUGACUUGAAAUAGAAUGAAUGAAAGAGAAAUGUAAAAGAAAGAUUGAUUGUGGAGCUGUCGUCACUGUGCCAACAUUUCCCUCAGUGUAUUUCGAUGGGAAGGACUCAUCCAUUGAGAAAUAUUCAAUAAACAUAUCGAAAACAGAA